AUGGCAUUUCUGGAUGAUGGACUUGUUUUCAAAAUUGUAUGUGCAAUUGGAUUAUUUUUUGUUGUGCAAAUCGCGGUGUUUUGGUCACAAAUACAGAAUCUAGAUGACAAAAAAUUGACUCUUGUGGCAGAAAUUGACACGUUAAUGCGAAAACGUGAAGUGUUAAAAAAGAGCACUUGGAUGUUGGAGAGGGAUACGUAUCGUAUGGAAGAAAAAUUGAAGCGGAUUGAUGGAUUAGUUCGUGAUCGAGUUCCACUUGCACAAGUUCGAGAGAAUCUUUCUUUUAUUUACUUUAUUACUCCAACAUAUCGAAGACCUACACAGAAGGCUGAACUUAUUCGUCUAGCGCAAACGCUAACUUUUGUACCUAAUUUACACUGGAUUGUAGUCGAAGAUGCGAAUUCCACUUCUCCAUUCAUCGCUAGUAUUUUAAAAAGAUAUCAUAUCAGAUUCACUCAUCUACAUGCUCUUACACCUCCAGAAAAAAAACCAAGCGAAAAAGAUCCUAACUGGAAAAUUGCACGUGGUGUGGUUCAGCGAAAUAAAGCCCUUUCGUGGUUAAGGAAAAAUUUAGGCAACGCAAGAAAAGGAGUUGUAUAUUUUGGUGACGAUGAUAAUACUUACGACUGGAGAUUAUUUGAUGAAAUUCGAUCCGUAGAUAGAGUGGGCGUAUGGCCAGUCGGCCUUGUUGGUGGUUUGAUUGUUGAAACAGCGAAAAUUUCAAAAGAUGGGACUGUAUCCUUCAACUCUUUAUGGAAACCUAAACGAUCAUUUCCUAUCGAUAUGGCAGCAUUUGCAGUCAAUUUAUCUUUGGUGCUUAAUACUGAAGCUUGUUUUACUUAUAAUGUACGCCGUGGUUACCAGGAAUCUCACUUUCUUUCUGCUUUGGGUUUGGAAGUCAAAGAUUUGGAAGUGAAAGCUGAUGGAUGCACAAAAGUUUACGUUUGGCAUACAAGAACAGAAAGACCUAAACUUUUGCCGCCAGAAAGAUCAAAAUUUUGGCAUGUGACAAAUUUAGACUGUUUCUUCGGUGAUGGGGGAAUUGACACAUACAAACUGAGUCAGGGGCCAAACAUAGAAUCGAGAAUGGGUGAACGUAAAGGGCAAAAUUUUUAUUAUCCACCAGAUUUUGAUUAUAAGAAGCAUAAGAGUUUGAACAGUUAUCAUGGCACGCAUGCUUUGCGAGAACGUGCUGCAAAAAUUAAAGAAGGAAUUCUUAUCAUACGAUUUGAAAUGCCAUUUAAUAUUUGGUGUCUUGGUUGUAAUAAUCAUAUUGGGAUGGGUGUACGUUAUAAUGCUGAGAAGAAAAAAAUUGGCAUGUAUUACACGACACCAUUAUAUGAAUUUCGUAUGAGAUGCCAUUUGUGCCAGAACUAUUUCCUCAUACGAACUGAUCCCGAGCAUUUCGAUUAUGAACUAGUGGAAGGUUGUCGCAGGCAAGAGAAACGCUAUGAUCCAUCUACUAUCGAUCAGCUAGGAGCAGUUGAUCGGGGUUUCAGCAGGCAGCUGGAAAGUGAUCGAAUGUUUCAGGUUGAACAUGUGAAAGAAGACAAAGAAAAAGCGGAAAGUUCAGCUGAUCAAAUUGGCAAGUUGGAAUGGAUUCAAGAAAGAAUGCGAGAUGACUUUGCAGCCAACCAAGCUCUCAGAAGGAUGUUUAGGGCACGCGGUGAAAGGGGUAAUUCGAGAAUUGAGAAAGCCAACGAUAAAAACUUAUUGGAAAGGAUGUCGUUAAAUAUUGAGCUAUUAGCGGAGAAUGAUGAGGACAGAAAACUUGCUGCAGCAGUCAUGAAACGUAAAAAUAUGAAAUUCCCUGAAGCUACGGAAGAGAAACGUAACGAAAUAUUGAGAAAACCUAUAUUUUCUAGUUCUCAUCCAAGUCCAUUGGCAAACACUGCGACUUCAAAGAAGUUGUUGUCGAUGAAUCUUUUAGAAAAGAAAUAUGACGUAUUCAGUUCUGCGCCAACUACAUGGAGCAGGCAGGAACAAAAUAAAGCAGAAAGUCUUGGUAUUGUAAUAAAAAAAAAGAAGGUGGAAACUGAAGAUUGUAUCGAAGCCGAUGCUUCGAAAACGCUCAAUCCGGGAGAAAUUAAGUGUGAUGUGCCAGAAGUUCAGUGUUCUGAAGGAAUGAAGUCAGGAAGUGGUGAGGACAAUAUAUAUACAUCACUUUCAAAGUCAGAGGAACACAAUUUUGAUCUCAAACCUGUGAGUCUUGUAGCUGACUAUGGUAGUGACAGUUCACUGGAAAACUAG